UUGGUUGCAUGUCGCCAUGCUUCGACAGUGCACAAGGCCUAUACCUCGGUGGCGGACUGUAUCUAACGUUCUAUAUGCUAGAUGUCGUACUACCGCGCCUUGUCAGCCGAUAUCUCCCGUAAGUGCGAGGACUGGAUGGGUCGGCUGUUUAUAUUCGACAGCGGCCGCUUCCCAAAGCCAGCCGACGACCGAUGGACACAUUGAGAUCCUUGGCCGCCUUCAUCCAACAGACUCGGCGACAAAUGUAUCACCAACCAUCGUAUCCAAAACCACACGACGACUCCAUCUGCAACGCAAUCAUCCCAUCAACAUUCUCAAACGCCGCAUUGAAAGCCAUUUUAGGGACUAUGCUGUCAUGGACUCAAUGGACCCAGUAGUAACAGUUCAUCAAAAUUUUGACUCUCUCCUCUUUACGCCCGACCAUCCGGGUCGUGCCGCCACCGAUACGUACUACGUCAAUACAAACACAGUCCUUCGCACUCAUACAAGUGCCCAUCAAUCCGAUGUACUAAAAACACGAAAGGCUGACGGGUACCUCCUUACAGCCGAUGUCUACAGAAGGGACGAGAUUGAUGUGAGCCAUUACCCAGUGUUUCAUCAAAUGGAGGGAAUCCGGACAUUUGACAAGAAAAAAAUUGAGGAGGAAGCGAAGGUGGAUUCAGAGACAAGCGCAAUACAAGGUGCUGUACUUUCAGAGUCAAAUCCUAUUCAGCCUGCACAUACUACUCGCGAGGCACAGUUGGUGGACCUGCAUUUACGGCAUUCGUUGGAGGGGAUGGUGAGGGAUUUAUUUAGAGAGGAGAAAGAUUUGCAGAUCAGGUGGAUUGAAGCGUACUUUCCCUUUACGAGUCCGAGCUGGGAGAUGGAAGUGUUUUAUAGAGGAAACUGGCUGGAACUGUUGGGUUGCGGUGUCAUGCAGCAAGAGAUUUUGGAUAAAUCAGGCAACUCUGACCGUAUUGGUUGGGCCUUUGGACUCGGUCUCGAACGUAUCGCCAUGGUCAUGUUCGACAUUCCCGAUAUUCGACUUUUCUGGUCAACCGAUGAUCGCUUCAUUUCCCAAUUCUCAUCGGGCCAAAUCGUCAAAUUCCAACCCUUUUCCAAAUACCCUGCGUGCUAUAAAGAUAUCUCGUUCUGGUGUUCGGAAACGUUUCAUGACAAUGAUUUUGCGGAAGUUGUUCGCGAUGUUGCUGGGGAUUUAGCGGAAAAUGUCGAGUUGAUUGAUCAAUUCCAACAUCCCAAAACUAAACGGACGAGCCGAUGUUUUCGGAUCAACUAUCGGUCCAUGGACAGGACAUUCACUAAUGAAGAGGUGGAUCGCAUACAAGACCAAGUCCGCCAGGUUACCAAGGAACGAUUGGGAGUGGAGUUGCGGUGAUGGAAACAUAGUGUGUGGGAAAAUAGAAAUGUCAGUGCCACGGAGCAUUGCAGCCAGUUGAAUUAACCACAUUUAUUGUGAACCUCACGAAGAUAAACCAAAAAACGGGUCCAAUACGUGCGGCAACGAAUGGAUUGAAUAUUCUGCAGUUGCUCCACCAUUGAAAAACAGGUCCAAUGCGCAGUUGUCAUAUUUCUAUAUAAACCCGCCUUCUCUGCCC